UUUUUCGUAAAAUCGCAACCGCCACAGAAUUAAACUUAUCGCAAAAUUAUUUCGUUUUUUAAUGCAGAAGCUCGAAUGUACCCCAAAUGACGGCAAAUGAAAUUGAGAAUAAAGCCUCAUAGCAUUGCACCCUACCGAAGAAAGCAGAGUCGUCCCCUUAUCGAACGAACGCUGAGCGCAGGCGAGCCUGGCCGAGAACUCUCCGCGCGCCAGUCCCCGCUCGCCGCGCGCCGAAGCGAACGUAUCUUGUAUCGUGUAACCGCAUGCGCAAUAUGACAUUUGCUCGCUAAUAAAUUCCCCCCGUAAACGAACUAAAAGCAGUUAUUGGGUUUUAACGUGGGCCGUAACGUGAAGUCAAAUAAGUACAAAGAACCAUGUCCCUUACACAGGAACAUAUACUAUGCAACGAACAAAUCAUUCGAGUGGUGAAGGAAUUUAAGGCCCGCCCGGUGUUGUGGGACCCUAAUCAUGACUUGUACCGGGUACAGACCUCGAGGUACGAGGCGUGGGGAGAAAUCGCGGCAAAGAUUAACUACAACGUAAUGGAUUUGAAGAGGAAAUUUAAGUCAAUCUUCGCGUCACACCGCCGCGAGAGGUCCAGGGUUCUGCGCGGGAUUAAGACCCAUUGGUUCCUCUAUGACCUUCUGAGCUUUUUGCCAACUCACGUUAAGAACCUAAAGGCGAGCAAGAAGCGAAACUCGUCUGCGCAGAAAACCCUUAAUACUUAUAAACAAGUCGAUGAAAACGUUGACGGAAUUGACGAUCAAGAUAACGAUGACAACACGGAUCAUUCGGAUGAGGAGACUGAGUUCAUUCAGAAGGAAAUAAUUGUCAAAAAUGAACCAGAAGACGAGCCACCGCCAAAAAGAGUUUUGCACUAUAGAAAGCCGAGAGCGGUUCGAUCUACGCGACCCUCUUUUAAAAGGCACUUUCUUACGCGCGAGAGGGACAGAAGCUUGACAGAACCGUAUGUCAAACCUUUACCGACCAAAGGGAAAGAUGAAUGUGAUAGUUUUGGAGAAUAUAUCGCGGUGUCACUGCGUAAGCAUGAUGAGCGGACGCGGUCUAUGAUCAAGCAAGCCAUCAAUAACAUAUUGUUCGAACAAGAAAUGAAGAAAUACAAUAGUACCUCGUUCGUAGUUGAGAAGAAUCCUUUGAUCAUUGGUGAUAGUGACGACUGUGAAAAGUGAUUAUUACAGGUUUUAAAUAUUGAAAAGGGGUGAAGGCAGUUUACCCGAUGGACUGUAAGGUUCGAUGUGAAUAUUUUAUAGAAUUAAAUUUUGAAAUUCUUG